GUUAGGCGCUAUAAACUUUUGUAGCGAUGCUGAGUUCCACAGGAUUUGAAACAUACAUGUUUUUGUGAUAUAACAUCGAAUAAAUUUUAAUAUCCAUGACAGUUUUGUGCACGAGUGAGUGAAUAGAUAAAUGUGUUUGAUCCUGUACUUUUACAUAAAUAUGCAACAUCUUUGUACGAGCGACAAUUUGCUGAUGAUAUGCUGACUGCUGUUAUAUCAUAAACAUAAGCAAAAUUACUGCUACGUACAAUUCGUCUGUCCAUUCGAGAAUGUGCAAUAUCAACAACGAGGCAGCUACGUAAUAUCUAUCAAUAGCGAAUUUUUUAACCGGGCGGUAACAAGGCGGCGUAACCUCUAAAACUAUUUAAUUUUUAUGAUACAUAUCUAAAACUAUGAAUACAGCACUGAGCUCUGUAAACAGUAGCAGUGAUAAAUGUUUACUGGAAACAACUGUGCAAACUGUAGCACAAAAUUUAACUACAAUGCAAAAUGUAUCAAAUGUACAGAAUGUACAAAGUUCAGUUCAGAGCAGUAUUCAAACUAUUCAACCAACUCAGACUAUUGUUGGAUCAGUAGGAACACCUAAUCUUAUUGGCAAGUCAGUGUCGCUAGACAUGAAUCCCAAGUUGUCCUUAAUGAAGCCUAUAGUGCCAUCUGGUACUCCUUCAUCUACAGAAACCAGUAAAAUGACAACUACGUUAUGUCCUGUAGGAUCCACAGUACGAAUAAUAUCCCCAGGAAUGUUAAAUACUGUAGAGAGACAAAAUCAAUCACAAUCACAAUUAUCACAAGUUAAUAUGCCCGCAACGUAUCAUGUACCAAGAGGACCUGCAGCAGUUGCUAAUAUUUCUGCACCUAGAUCAACAGUUGCUACUCCCAUCGUUAGAGCAAAUACAGGGCAGACUGUAUCUACUACUAGACCGUGUAAUACAACAAUCUCUAAUCCUCAAUGGCAACCGAAAACAACAUCAGUUGUAUAUGCGCAAUCACAAAGACAUCCUACACCUCCGGUCAACAGAGGGUCCAGACCAUCAUCCGUAUACACAGCACAACAACCGCGGCUAAUUACACCAACUAGUCAAGGCAGAUCCGUUCAAGCUACCAUUACUGGUAGUCCGUCCAGAUUAAUAACACCUAUUCUGCAAACAAAUAAUAGCAUUACUACUAGACUUCCACUUAUACAAAAUAGACCACCGACGCCACAAGUGGUAACGGUGACGCAGACUUCACAAUCAGGAAGAUCAUCGACACAGACCAUUCAGCCAACCAGCCAGUCCAGCAGACCUCUACUAACUACAGCAUGUGCUACAAAACGUGUAACUGUAUCUACACCUGUUGUAGAAACAACAAACAGAAUAAGUGGUACGUCUGCAGUUACAGUCGAGCCUCGACAAUUAUCAAUUAAUACAGUGGCUGGACCGUCCACUGGGACAGUUAGUCACAUUGUUAUUCCUUCGCAACAGGUCCAACAGCAACAAGGUACACCGCGCGUUGUUCAAACUGUUACAUCUUUGUCAAAUCUCAGCACAAUGUCACAAGUGAUUACUACGACCACAAACACGUCAAGCACGACGCGCAUAUUGCAAACAGUCCCGACUACAGUUGCAAGAAUCACGGGUAUGUCUUUACAUCCUUUGCCGCUGGUACCGGUGAGGGCCACGACGGCACCUGUCAAGGCUGCACAGUCCCAGAACAUUGGACAAACUGUACAGAUUAAAUCGCCGCAACAAGCUAGCUUACGUGUGUCGACUGCUGGUACAAACAAUAGCACGGUUACCACUAGUGCUCAGCCAGUUCAAGGACAAUAUAUACAUCCACCACAUACUACUACAUACUAUUCUUUUGAAAGCUAUCAUUCACCAUAUCGACAGACCCCAGUACAACCAGUAAGGUUAUUAGUUGAACCAGGAUAUGAGGAACCACAUAGUAAACCGAACGCAUCUCCUAGGCCAAGUAUCUUGAGAAAGAGAGAUCAUGAUAAUUCACCAGUCAAAGGUGCAGCUAAAAAUUUAGUUCCCCUACUAGCGUCAUUACCAUCAAAUAGAUUGACUUCCAGUCCACCGUGUUCACCAAGAGGAGAUCAUGAUGGUGGUGGUUGUCCAAGUUCAGGAUCGACUACUGUAUCUGCGACCUCUUCACCAGGUCUUGACGAAGAACCAGAACAAUCUAGGAUUACCAUUAAUCCCACUGGAGAAAUGUCACCGAGAAAGAAACCUCGUAAACAACAACUUACAGGUGUAGAAUUAACCGAACCUAGAUGCACAGAAGUAGUAAUGGAAUUUGUCACAGAGGAUAAAACAAAGAAGGAAAUGAAAGAAGAAUUAAAAGAAAAAUCACCUGACAAGAGACAUGCUUCUAAUAUACAUAGGGAUAUUAAAUCGCCUACUCAGCAAGCAGAAGUUACAAUACGGUUACGACCUAUGCCAAGUUUGUUAGGGGGCUCUUGGAAAAAUAAAUGGGGAGAUAGUAGGCUACAUCAUUACAGAAGACCUAGUGACGUUCGACCACGUGAAGAGAGAAGACCUACAGUAGCUGAAUUGGCACAACAGAAACAUGUAUUACAAAAACUUAAUGGAUGGAAAGUUUAUCAUCUCUCUGCACAAAUGGAAGAGUUUGCGGAGCUUGAAAAACAAGAACUUGGAAUAUCCCACGAGGAUCAUGGUAGGAGAAUGGAAUUUUGUCGAUGGGCUUUACAACGCUACGAAGAGGAUGAAACGUUCUUUUCUAGAGUAUUCUGGAGCGAUGAAGCUACGUUUCGUAGCAAUGGACAUGUAAAUUGUUAUAAUUUUCAUUAUUGGAGCGACCAAAAUCCUAGAUGGUUAAGACAAAUUGAUAAUCAACAUGUAUGGUCGUUGAAUAUGUGGUGUGCCAUUAUUGGUGUCACAAUUAUUGGUCCAUUUUUCUUCGAUGGUAUCGUAAGUGGACGAGUUUUUUUGAAUUUCUUAGUUAAAAAAUUAGAUUCUUCUGGAAGAUUUACCUCUAAACCUUCGGCAAAACAUGUGAAUGCAACUUGACGGAACACCUCCUCACUUUAGUUUGACUGUCAGACAACACAUAAAUGUUAUUUUUCCUAAUCGAUGGACAAGUCGAGAAGGUCCAGUAUCUUAGCCACCCAGAUCACCUAAUUUGAUCUGCCCAGAUUAUUAUUUUUGAUAGAAUCUGGGAAAUUAUUUAUGUUAAUCCCCUAACUACAAGAGAAAAUAUGAUGCAACGAAUAUGCGAAGCGAGUCAAAUAAUUUCGACGAGCGAAUUACAAAGAGUGCUUAAUGAUUUUCAACGAAGAUUGCAGGCUUGCAUAAAUGCAAGGGGACAACAUUUCGAACACUUAAAUUAAUAAAAUUCUCCAUUUCG